GACAUAUUAAUUCAUAUAUUUAUGGGUAAAAUGUUAUUAUCCUUAAUACAAAGCAAAGUUUCAGCUGGACUUUGGUUUUACUUAAUCUUCAACGGAACAGUAUUGAUGUUAAAGUACAAAAAUUCUCUGAACAUAAUAAUAAGUUUUAAAAUAUAUAUAUAUGUUUAUAAAGAUAUAUUAUUAGAUCUUUCACAAAAAGUCAUACAAAUGGGGAAAAAAGAAAAAUAUCAGAGUAUUGGAAUUUGUCCUUGAAUCUCCUCUUUUAGUUUUCUUUCAGUUAAACCAGUGUCCACAUGUUUGUUUCUGGAUUGAAGCCAGAAUCAACAUUGUCCCUAUUUCUAAUCAAAUAAUGGAGAAAUAAUGACAAAUUCUGAAUGCAGUCAGAGGAUCCUGGGAAGCAGAGUGUCUGGACGGAGGCUGAGCUGGGUCUCUGACUCAUUUCUGACUUUAGUUUUUUCAAAGGGGGACAUGGCAAAGAUGUUCAGUUUCAUCCUUGUUGUUACCGCUCUGAUAAUGGGCAGGGAAAGUUCGGCGCUCGAGGACUGUGCCCAGGAGCAGGUGCGGCUCAGAGCCCAGGUGCGCCUGCUUGAGACCCGGGUCAAACAGCAACAGGUCAAGAUCAAGCAGCUUUUGCAGGAGAAUGAAGUCCAGUUUCUUGAUAAAGGAGAGGAGAAUAGUGUCAUUGAUCUUGGAAGCAAGAGGCAGUAUGCAGAUUGUUCAGAGAUUUUCAAUGAUGGAUAUAAGCUCAGUGGAUUUUACAAAAUCAAACCUCUCCAGAGCCCAGCAGAAUUUGCUGUUUAUUGUGACAUGUCCGAUGGAGGAGGAUGGACUGUAAUUCAGAGACGAUCUGAUGGCAGCGAGAACUUUAACAGAGGAUGGAAUGACUAUGAAAAUGGCUUUGGAAAUUUUGUCCAAAAACAUGGUGAAUAUUGGCUGGGCAAUAAAAAUCUUCACUUCUUGACCACUCAAGAAGACUACACUUUAAAAAUCGACCUUGCAGAUUUUGAAAAAAAUAGCCGUUAUGCACAAUAUAAGAAUUUCAAAGUUGGAGAUGAAAAGAAUUUCUAUGAGCUGAAUAUUGGGGAAUAUUCUGGAACAGCUGGAGAUUCCCUUGCGGGGAGUUUUCAUCCUGAGGUGCAGUGGUGGGCUACUCACCAAAGAAUGAAAUUUAGCACGUGGGACAGAGAUCAUGACAACUAUGACGGGAACUGCGCAGAAGAAGAUCAGUCUGGCUGGUGGUUUAACAGGUGUCACUCUGCAAACCUGAAUGGUUUAUACUACACUGGCCCCUACACGGCUAAAACAGACAAUGGGAUUGUCUGGUACACCUGGCAUGGGUGGUGGUAUUCUCUGAAAUCUGUGGUUAUGAAAAUUAGGCCAAAUGAUUUUAUUCCAAAUGUCAUUUAAUUGUUGCUGUUGGGCUUUCAUUUCUGCAAUUCAGCUUUGUUUAAAGUGAUUUGAAAAAUACUCAUUCUGAACAUACCAUGCGCAAUCAUAACUGUUGUGAUCAUUCUUCUCGCUUGCCUUUGUUAAUGUACUUUCAGUACAGCAGAUAUGCUAUAUUCACCAAAUAAACAUAGAUUGUAUUAAUAUUUAUUGAA